CUCCGCACAGUUUGUUUACGUUCUCCGCGGCGGCGUUUGGCCCCGAACUCAAGAGUGUCUUAGCAGCAGCAGCAAAAAAACAUGAACUCGGCAAGUAAAGUGGGGGAGAUUUUCCUGGCAGCUGGAACCGCUUUCAAUAAGCUCGCAGAACUGACUAUGCAGCUUCACCCCACAGCUGAACAGUCUCCCUCAGGCACAAAAUGGACAGACGAAGAAAUAGAAAUGCUGCGAUCAUCUGUGAGAAGAUUUGGUGACGAUCUUAAUGUGAUCAGUCAGAGGAUAAAGUCUCGUACUGUGACUCAGAUCAGGACUGCACUGAAGAAGAAAGCAUUCGAAGAUGCGGGGAUCUCUCCACAGGCAGCAGCUGCAUUGCAAGCCCAGCAGACAGCAACACAGUCAGGAGCAAGUGCUGGGGGAGGGAGCAUGCUGGGGGGGAGAGAUGUGACACUCAACAUGCUCAACGCCUCCGAGUCAGAGGUUGACGUGGAAGGGAUGGGAGGGGUGGGCAUGGACUUCGAGGGGGCAAAUGAAGUUGUUACGUCCUAAUGAAUCAUUUGAAUUUGUUUAGCUAAUAUUGAUGAUAAUUAUAAGGAAAAUAAUGUUUUUUUUUAUGAAAGUGCCAUGACCAGGGCUUAGCAUAGCUUUUUAUUCCUGUUAUGGCACUCCAUUUCCAGUGAAUGUCAGAAAUGAAAAUAGGAUAUGUGGCCAGUUUUGUGGCCAGAAAAUUUUGUAAUUAUUUUAUUAUAAUAGAGUCUGACUUAGUCUUAUUCAUAAAUGAAGUACAUUUUUUAUGAUUUGUGGAGUUCAUUUAUUUUCUUCCCCAAAGAUUUGGCCAAUCAGUACUUUUUAUGCAUCUUUCCAUUUUGAUUUGUGUUAAACUUAAAGUUUAUGAAAAAUUUUGAGUUCUUGAAAAAUUACUUAAUUCAGAUUCCAUGUGAAGUGUUAUCAGAAACACCAUUUCUGUAUCAUUUAUGAAUCUUCUAAGAACAAAACCUGGAUGGUUGGUUCUGUAUUUGACAGUACAAAUUGUACAAUUAAAAGGCUGUUUAUCAAA